UUCUGCCGCACUUCCUCAUUGUCCGAAAUAGUAAAGUGCUUCACAGUCUUGCGACGUUUUCUGACUGAAAUAACAACCAGCGCGUUUAAUUUUGUACCACUUUCGUGCCUCGAAUAUGUCGAAACCUCCUCCCAAGCCGGCCAAGCCAGGCCAAGUCAAAGUGUUCAGAGCCCUUUUCACCUUUGAACCAAGAACGUCAGAUGAGCUGUACUUUGAGGAAGGAGACUAUUUGUACAUCUCUGACACAAGUGACACUAACUGGUGGAAGGGGACAUGCAAAGGAAAAACGGGACUCAUUCCAAGUAAUUAUGUGGCUGAACAAGCAGAAUCUAUAGACAAUCCGAUGCAUGAAGCAGCCAAACGAGGUAACCUGAGCUGGCUGAGGGAGUGUGUGGAGAACAAAGUGGGAAUCAAUGGGCUGGAUAAGGCAGGAAAUACUGCCCUCUACUGGGGAUGUCAUGGAGGGCAUAAAGAUGUGGUGGAGCUGUUGCUAAGCCAGCCAAAUGUGGAGCUCAACCAACAGAAUAAACUCGGAGAUACGGCAUUGCACGCUGCUUCCUGGAAAGGUUAUUCUGAAAUUGUGCAGAUGUUGUUGGAAAAGGAUCCAAGGACAGACAUCAGGAAUAAUGAGAACAAGCUGGCUGCUGAGAUGGCCACACACCCCAUGUGUGCCUCACUUAUAAAAAAGAAGCAGGGAGGCAACAUUACUCGCACACAGAGCAAUGCUGAGGAGUAUUUGGACGACGAGGACUCAGACUGAGCAGAACCUGUUAAAACAUUUAGUCUUCCUAUGGUUUUGUGGGGAAGGGUUUUUUGUUGUUUUUUUUUUUUUACAGAUACAAAUGGCUUUGUUGCUCCUUUUCUUAUUGUAACUCCAUUGUAGUUCAGCAUAUUUCAUACAAACACCUCAGUUCUCAGUCCUCUGUGUAAUUUUUGUGAAUUUCAGAGUGUUUUUUCGGUGCAUCACCUCCAUGUUGGGAAAGCAUUGGUUGCACUACAAACUGAGCUGUGAUUGGAAAUGGACCAAAACUCUAAGAAACACAUUCCAAACAUACAGAUUACAUUCAGCCCAUUUACACUGCGUAUUAAAGUGCCGGAGCAGAUUAAAAGAUUGAUCUGGUCUGUGUUUAGUUAAGUUUAAAUGAUCCACUUAAAAGUAAUAAACCUUUGAUUUGGCAACACUUGCAGGUUUGCGCUCUGUCUAAACUAUGCAGUUAUUUCUGUUGGAGAUCAAUGGGACGUGUAUUUAAACUGUAAUCUCUAACCUUUAAAUUGGUUGUGCUGAGGAACUCUGAGAAAUUUUCCUGUUUUUAUCUCCUUGAUCAGCUCCUCACUCUUUUAUAAAAUUCCAAAUCUCAUCUGUUACAUACUGUACUACUACUGUACGGUCUUGGUCGGUGUUAUGACAUUUCCACUACCCUAAGGAUCCGUCAGUCAAGUGUAUUCCUCUGUUUAAAAUGAACUUAAAAUUAUUCUUUCAA